GGGGGAGGGAUGCAGAGUGCUUUCGGGGGGUCCACUUACAACACCAGAUCUCAGCUGUGGGGAACAUUUGCUGACUACGAUGACGACGAUGAAGGCGAAAUGAGUGCGGACAUGAAAAACAUUGGGAUACUACGAGAGACCAAAUCUGAGUGCAACUUGUACUUCGAAGAGAGGGAUGAGUUUGUGAAGAAAUUGGUGGCCGAAAACGAGCGAGACAUCCAGCUGAAAGCUGAUUGGCUGAACGAAGUGCAGGAAAAAGCCGAGCUACAUAGAUUAGCCGUGAAGGAUGCCAUGUUAGCGGGCAAGAGACCUCCGGAGAAGGAGCCCCUUCCAGCACCCCUAGUUGGCCCCUUUGCCCAUUGGGGUGGGGGUGGGGGCGAGUGGGAUGAGGUUGUUUGGCAGGCACAGAGGAGGAAAGUGAGGACAUUCUCCCACCCUGAUUUGACUCUUCAAAUGGAACACGAGGGUUACGAAGUGCCAACUGGUAUCAACGACUACAUGCAAGAGGCGAAAGAACAAAGGAAAAAGGCUCUGAAACAGAUCUACGACAAGGCAGUGCAACAACACACUGAACAACUGAAAGGUUCAAAAGAAGAAGAUGGGAAAUUAGCCGACGAACAACAGCAGCAAUCCGCGGUUUCCGAAGACGAAGCUAAUUCGGCUAAGAAAGAUGUCCCUGCUAAACAUGGCAAACGCGAGAAGUCGCCUGAUAGAAAUGAUGCCCAAACUGAGAAGACUGCCAGCUCUGCAUACCAGUCAACAACUGUGUCGGUGGUGUCUUCUAAGCGAGCUUCUCGAGCUAGCAAAGCUGAACGAAGUCUGCAAAGUGCUCUCAAGUAUGGCCGAACUAGCCAGGGAUCCAAAAAGAAAGUCGGAAAGUCGACAACUGCAUCACAGCACAAACUGACCAGAGUGGGAACUCUGUUGUCCAAGCCGAUCAGGCCUUUAGAAAGGUCUCAUUCUACUGAACUAAUUAAAGUGCCGAUUCGUCCCAAGAUUCUGAAGGUUCCGCGACACGUAAGGGAGGAGCGACGUAGAAGUGUUCCAUUGGUCGUGACAGAGCCAAUGUUCGACAAAUUCCUCGCACGUCAAGGCUAUAACGACAACACUGACCCCGAAUUAGAGGACCCCUACGACUUCUCUCUCAACAUGUGGUACGGCUGGUUCGACGAAAAGUACCCGCCAGUCUUCCAGGCCAAAGAUGACGUCAUCAGCAAGGCCAUCGAGUCCGCCGCCAAUCUCACCGUUAUGGACGAGAAGGAGUUGAUAGAGUUGAACUCUCUCGACCCGAUUGAGUCGACGAUAGAAAACGAACAACUCAUCCAGAAUAUCGAGCAGAAGAUAGAGGAGCUCACAAGUCGCAUUGAGAAGAACUCAAAGACUGCCACUUAUGACUUGGUGCAGAGGGGCGCUCUACAGCGAAAGCUUGGACGUAUGAAGGAAGCGUGGGAUGACGUGAAUGCGGCGUUGGCGAGAGAAGAGAGUUAUGCCGAGGCCUACUGGCACCGACAUCUGCUCUUUUUAGUCCAGGGCAAACCCCAGUUGGCCCUGGAAGACUUGGCACUGGUGCUGAAAAUAAACAAGAGCCACUCUGGUGCUUAUCGAUCCAGAGGGGACAUAUUCCGUAGUCUGGGGGAUCCCGCGAUGGCCAUCAUCAACUACUCCCAGGCCAUCAAGCUAGACGACUCAGAUUACAUGGCGUUCUACAAUAGGGCAGAAACUUACAGGGAGAGGGGUGACAACCUGUUGGCAAAUGAAGACUACGCAAUAGCUUCUAGACUACACCCUAGUCUCACUGACGCCAAAUUCAAACACGCCCUCUACUAUUUCAACACAGAAAACUGGCAGGCGGCCAUCUACGAUUUGAACGAGAUUGUAAAGUACGACGCCAGCCACUUCGACGCCAGACUGUACAGAGGUAGGUGCUACUUCCAGCUGGGCAAUUGGGCCAGGGCUCUGGAAGACAUCAGUGCCGCAAUCCACUUGAACCCCAAUGACCCCUCCCCCUUCUACUACAGGGCGUGUCUCUUAAGGAAACAAUAUCCCAAGGCAGCUCUGCAAGACUUCAGCGUGUCUCUUCUCCUCGAUGACUCAUACGAUAAUCGCCACUCCUUCCUUCACAGGGGCAUACUCUACAUGGCCCUAGAUAGACACGAGGACGCCUUAGUAGACUUCGCUUCUGUGCUGCAGUUGGACAAGAACCUAGCCUGUGCCCAUUGUAACAUAGGCGUAGUACAUCUUACACGCACUGAGUACUUCGACAGGGCAGUUAAACACUUCUCAGAUGCAGUCAAGAGUGAACCCAACUACACCAGGGCCUACAUUUGCAGGGCACAAGCUUACGAGAAGAUGAAAAACUACAAGCAGGCGCUGUUAGAUUUCACGCGUGCCAUCCACAUGUCUCCGAAUAAUCACCAUCUGUGGGUGUACAGGGGAAAAGUGUUGCUGCUGAUGGGUAGGACGAAAGAAGCGGCGGCCGCGGUGGAGCAAACGAGCAAAGUGGCAGACAUGAAGCAGGUGGCCAUACAACAGCAGUCCAUGAUCUAUGGAUUUCUCAGGGACCAUAACAAGACAGUAGCUGCACUUCAACAGACUGCCCGAAUGAAGCCUACUGGACCAGUUCUGUUUCUUCUGGGAAAAGCACAGAUGAAAGCUGGACUACUACACGAGGCCAUCAAGAACUUCAAUCAGGCACUGGAAGUCAUGGCCUGCUAUUACGCAAUCAAAGGCAGGUACUCCAAAGCCAUCCUGUCCUGUAACGAGGCACUCAAAAUCACUAAGGACAACACUCGCGCAUUCGUCUACAGGGGUGGUUUCAAGUUCCUGAGCGGGGACUACGAACACUGUCUGGAGGAUCUGCAGGCGGCUAUCAACAUAGACAGCAGCUGCUCACAGGCAUUCUUCAACCAAGCAGUCUGCUUCCACACCAUCAAACGAUACGAACAGGCUUUAAAGAGUUACAGCGUGGCCCUGUUGCUGGAUGGUAGACUGAAGCAGAAGGUCUUCAUCAACCGGGGUCUGCUGUACUUCCAAAUGGAGGACUACAACAAUGCACUCCUCGACUUCUACGACGCAUUCAAGGUCAACAGACAAGGUUCGAGCAUAGGCCAUACAUUGGGGUUGUGCUACCACAAGCAGCGGGAGUUCCGCAAGGCAAUCGACGCCUACACGGAGGCCAUCCGGGCAGACCGGUUCUUCUUGGACGCCUACAUCGGCAGAGGCAACGUCUACAUGGACCUGGCCACAGACAAUGGAUACCAAAUGGCAAAGUACGACUACAGCAAAGCGUUGCUCCUCAAGCCAGACUGUCUGUACGCGAGGGUGAACUUGGCCUACAACUUGCAGGUGGGCGGACUAAUGAAGCAAGCGUGGAGUCAGUUCUCAAUCGCCAUAGCACAGAACCCUCGAUAUAUUCCAGCGCUAGAGGGACGAGCGAUAGUGAAUCUGCAGAUGGGCCAGGCAUUCGCAGCCCUGCAGGACCUCCAGGCGGCCAUCAAAGUGAAGCCCAGUGCUGAACUGCUUACGAACAGAGGAGUCGUUCAUCAGUUCCUGAAGGACUUUUCGAAUGCGAUGCAGAGCUACCAGAGUGCGGUGCGGACAGACCCCGGCUACUCUCUGGCCUACUUCAACGCGGCCAACCUCUACUUCCGCAACCGGCAGUUCCAACAAGCGAAGCACUACUACGACCACGCAGUCCGCUUCAACCGCAAGGACGAGGCCGCGCUCCUCAACAGGGCCAUAUGCAAGGUGUUGCUGCGAGAUCCAGAGGGUGCUCUGCGGGACUUCGGUGCCUCGAUUGAACUGAACAAGUACUCCUCUCAUACUUACUUCAACCGGGGUAACCUGUUCACGUCCCUCCGAAGAUACGAGGAGGCCGAACAGGACUACACUCAAGCUCUUCACAUGAACCCAAGUGACCCUCUGGCGCUGAAGAGACGUGCUGACGUCAGAGGCAAACUAGGAAAGAGAGAGGAGGCGAUCGAAGACUACAGUAAAGCCAUCGACAUCCAGAUCAAACUGGAGAAUCUGGACCUCAUUCCAAACGCCAACACUCUCUAGCUGGCUAAUCUAUCUCUAUCAAACUCAUAUCCGAAAACUAACAUAUCAAACCAACAAAGAAGAGUCACAAUUUUUAUUUUACUUCAAAAUUCGAAUCCAUUUUAAUAUUUCUAUUCAAUUUAGUAGCUCUUAUAUCAAUCAUC